AUGGAGGAGACUGCAGGAACGACGGACCGAGUGGACAUCAAGUCGUUCUACCCACUACUUUCCUAUCUCAUCCAGCUAAGCCACUUCGACGGCCCCGCACAUCCCGCCCUUCUUCACCAAGUAAUAAGUUCACCCCAUCCCACAAAUCAUGACGACGUCGUCGGCUUCCCUGACGGAUCCCCAGCCAAGCUCGUCAUGCUGGGCAAGCCAAUCCCUCCUUCAUCCUUAGGUCAACAUGAGUGGUGGCCGACCGCGAUCAGCUCUCUUGCUCGCGAACGACUCAUGCACCGUAUCAUGAGAGAGGGGUUCGUGCUCCCAAUUCUUUUGGCCGUCUGCGUUUCCUUGGUUAGUGAAAUGUACAGCACCACGGCCGUUCCUCCUUCUGAGGAACCGCUACUCCAAUACACAGGCCGACGUCGCAUUCGCCUAACUUACCACCGAACUCCUAUAGCUGAUUUCGGGAUCGUCAAAGGUCCUGUCAAAAUCGGCGGCAUGCACAGACUGGCAUACUACAGCCCCGAGAAGAACAUAUUUAUGCACGGGCAAGACCCCAACGACCACUACUGGAUAUACUUCAAAACAAUCUCUGGGGAAGAGCUCCUCCUCGACUGCUCCCUCGGCACCUUCAACAUGGGGCUCUUGGUCAGUACCGAUCCCUACAUCAAUCCCAACUUCUACAUGACGCCACUCGGGUUGGUGCCGAGUAUUUUUCAUGAUAGGGAGUAUCGACGGGAGACCGUGCUCUCUGUCAUCUGGCAAUCGGAGAAAGAGCGCUUUUCGAUACUACGGGACCCACAGGUGCAUCAAGCCCUGGGAUACCAUGAUCCUGGGCUCCAAUGGCCCGGACGCGACAUCCUCUACUCCCUCAUGAAAAAAAUUGCCGGGCGGCCGUCUUCCGAGCUCGAGAAGGAGCUUCUCCUCAAAUUCUGUGAAACAGAUUCAUUUAUCCUGCGGCAGAAUUUGCACCAUCAGUCAUAUUUGACAUUUCCUGAGCUUCCGAAAGUCGGAUGCGAGAGAGAGCUGAAUUCAGAGGGGAAACGAAAACCUUCGGAACCUGAUGAAGAGGUCUUCGCAUCUUUCAAUCAUAUGAAGAAAUUUACUAGAAAAUAUCGGAGAGGGGAGGUGACAGGAGGUGACUUCAUGUCACAUGAAAGCAUUCCGCGAUUUUCACGAGAUGCCCUCAGAGGCUAG